CAUGGCAGCGUGCACAGGCAGCCAUCUUCCAUGCGAGAUCGCAGGUCGGAUGCCUAGGAUCCGGCCGACUACGGCGGUGGCGUGCGAUUAUCCCAAAUCGGCGACAAUGUGAUUGGCUAAAAAGGCGAGGUUUUGGCGAAUGAGCGUGCAUCUCUUGUUGAUUGGCCAGAGCGAUUUGGAGCGGAUAGUUGGUGGAGGCUGCGACGCUCAGAAGACGUUGUCCGGGCUAAUAACUUUUGAAUCUCCUUAAACAAGAUGCGUCACGUUGCUGCUUUCCUUUUGGCUGUCCUCGGUGGUAACACCACGCCGUCCGUCGCUGACGUCUCGGCCAUCAUCACGGCCGUCGGCGGUGAAGUCGACACGGAGCGCCUUGAGACCUUGAUCAAGGAGCUCGAGGGCAAGGACAUCUACGAAGUCAUUGCCGAAGGCCAGAAGAAGCUCGCGACCGUCUCGGUCGGUGCCUCGUCGGGCGCUGCCCCGGCCGCUGGUGCCGCCGCUGGCGCCGCCGCCCCCAAGGAGGAGGCCAAGAAGGAAGAGGAAGAGGAAGCCGACCUUGGCGGUGGCAUGGACAUGUUCGGCGGUGGCUCGGACUAUUAAGCGUCUCGCCAUCGUGGCUCGAUCCCCGUAAUAGUAACACGAACGCCGUCUCGCCGCAGUGCUGUGACGACAUCCU